UCGCUAAGUUAUUUGGUUUUGUGUGGCAGCAUUGAGCCACAGAUUUCAGUUAUGUGUUGGAUACACACCGUGUCAGCUCUGCUGUAAGCCAUCAGCAUUGUAAGCUUUUUUCAAAAUGUACUAGACGACAUAUGUUCAUCUCUUAAAAAGUUUAGUGAAUAAUGCGUAAUUUCUUUAAACAAAUUUGCAUUUAAUUGUUUUUUCAAAAGAAAUGUGUAUAUAAAAUUAUUUGGGUUAAAAACACUUAAUUAAUAAUCUAGACGGCAGCUGUGUGAUUGGUCAAAGUGUGUCAGUGUGAUGCUGCACCUUAGUUGGUCAACUAAAUUACAAAAUAAUUAAGGCCAAGUCGAAAAAUCAUCAUCGCACUCUGCGUGGGCUAAUGCAACGUUGGACUGUUUUUAAUUGGAUUUCGCAGUAUUUGGAGCGCAAAUUAUUUUUAGCAACGCAUUUCAAGAAAUCAUUACCAACUACGACAAUCAAUAAGCAAGUAACGAAGUGCAACGUCAACAAAAUGAUUUUAAGAAUAUCUUUGAUGUGCUUCCUGAGUGUCGCAGUGGCUCAAUAUCAUCAGUUUGGAAAUCAGCCUUCACUUGGCUCUGACUGUGCUUUACUGCUGGCUGGACCUGGACGUUCAUCUGUUUACGACUACAAUGUUAAUUUAUUUCGCGGCACGCUGAAUCCUUAUACCGGUGGACCAGGCACUUGUAUUACUUAUGACGCCAUCAACGCAGCUUAUAUGGAUGCUCGCAAGCGUAUACACGUUGCCCAACCAAAAUCUGACUGGAAGCCCGAGGAGCUAGCUACCGUUGGUGAAUUGUUACUCGACAUAUCUAUACAAUUGGCACGCACAUAUGGCCUAUCAUAUGAAGAAAUCGAAAAAGGAUUGCCUACAAUUGAUACCUCAAAAACGCUUAUUCGUGAAGUCUGUCCACCGUUCUUUGCCGGAGUGGAGUGCCGCCCAGGAAAGUAUCGACGAUUCGACGGACUCUGCAAUAACAUUGAACAUCCUACCUGGGGCGCCGCUAAUGCUCCUUUCCAACGCCUAAUUGGACCGCUAUACGCAGAUGGCAUAAAUGCUCCACGGAUUUCGGUGACAGGUCGUGAUUUACCCUUUUCUCGCGUUGUUUCCCGCACAAUGCACCCAGAUGAUGGAUAUCACGAUCACGCGGGUACAGUUAUGGUCAUUGCUUGGGGUCAAUUUAUGGAUCACGACUUUACAUUAACUGGCACACCCUUGGACCCGAUUAACCGUAAUGAUCCGGAGGAAUGUUGCAAGCGAGCACUACAUCUAAAACAUCCAUAUUGCAAUGAAAUACGAAUUCCUGACGAUGAUUACUUCUAUCGCCUUUUCAAUGUGAAGUGCAUAGAUUUUGUGCGAGGAUUUCCUUCCCCCCGUCCAGGCUGUCGAUUGGGGUCUAGACAGCAGUUUAAUACUUUAACAGGCGUCAUUGACGCCAACACUGUUUAUGGUGUUAAGGAAUCCUUUGCACGAAAACUUCGUACUGGAUACGGUGGCCUGAUGCGAAUGAAUCCUGUAUUCCAAGAAUAUGGACUGAAAGAUCUAUUACCUUUAAAAUUAGAUAUACCUGACGAAGGCUGCACUCGACCUAACAAAAGCAUGUACUGCUUUGAAGGAGGCGAGAUUCGAGUUAAUGAGCAACUAGUCUUGACAUGCAUGCACACUUUAAUGGCGCGUGAGCACAAUCGUCUGGCCACAGGACUGGCUCACAUUAAUCAACACUGGGAUGAUGAAACACUUUUCCAGGAAGCGCGUCGUAUUAAUAUUGCCAUAGUACAACACAUUACAUUCAAUGAAUUUUUGCCUAUUCUACUGGGAAAAGAGGUAAUGGAGAAGUUUGGUUUGGUAUUGCAGAAAGAUGGUUAUUGGGAUGGAUAUGAUUCUAAAGUGAAUCCAGGAAUUAUUGAUUCAUUUGCUGGUGCGGCAUUCCGUUUCGGGCAUUCACUAUUGCCGACAGCGGUCGAGCGCUGGUCUAAGGCACAUAAAUUUAUUGCUUCAAAGCGUCUAUCAGAUUUAAUUCGUCGGCCUUAUGAUUUGUAUCGAGCUGGAGUUCUUGAUGAAUAUUUUAUGGGUCUAAUGAAUCAGGUGGCACAAGCCAUGGAUGACUCUAUUACCCAGGAGGUUACCAAUCACCUCUUUAAAAAGGAAGGUGCACGUUUCGGCAUGGAUUUGGUUUCAUUCAAUAUGCAACGUGGUCGUGAGUUCGGCAUUCCUGGGUAUAUGGAAUUCCGUAAGUUCUGUGGAUUGCCAACUUCCAAUACAUGGGAUGAAAUGUAUGGCUCCAUGCCAAAUGAGACUGUUCUUCGCUAUGGCAGCAUUUUUGAAAAUCCUGCUGACAUCGAUUUGUGGUCCGGUGGUGUAUCCGAAAAAUCAUUGCCUGGUUCCAUGCUGGGUCCAACCUUUGCCUGUAUUAUUGCUACUCAAAUGAGUUACAUUCGUCGUGGCGACCGUUUUUGGUAUGAGUUGCCUAAUCAGCCAUCAUCGUUUACACCCGAACAGCUGCAGGAGAUACGCAAAGCUAAACUGUCCCGUUUAAUUUGCGAUAAUACCGAUUUGAUUGAUACAGUGCAGAUAUAUCCUAUGGUAUUGCCAGACCAUGAAAUAAAUCCUCGUGUACCAUGCAAGAGCGGCAUUAUAGCGUCCAUUGAUUUAAGCAAGUGGGCGGACUUGGGUAAGCAUGGCCUAGACUCAUCCCAAUAUAAUUACAUUAAUGAAAUUCCCGAUACAAUUUUAAACUUUAGAAAGUAAAGGAUGUUUGGAUUAUUGUUUUCGUUGCUUUUUUUAAUUUUUACAUUAUCAUGCUUUCCUUAUUUCUUUACAUUGUCCUAUUUAAUCUUCUUCUAGUCUUGCUAUAUUCAUUUUCACUGUUAAUUGACAGUCAGCUCCAACUUCACACUGCCAUUCGAAAUAUAGAUUUCCAACAUUUCCAUGCAUUUCUAUAAUUUUUGUAUAUAUGUAUUAUUUUAAAAUAGCAGAAAUACAUCAUAGGUUAAUAAAGGUCAAAUUAUUCAUUGUAAAUUAAAUACAUGAUGAUUAUUCCCCAAUUAAAUAAAAUGUGAAAAA